UGAUUAUCAAGUCGAUCAACGUAUGACUUGCUUUAGGGCUGUCAAGUCUUUUCCAAUUGAAACUGUUUGUUUAUCGGAACAGCCUUCUUCUUGGAACCUUCUAAGACGAUCUUAUGAUUGUGAUGAAACUGUGGACGAAUUCGCAGAAAAUAUUUGUUCCCAAGUUGUGUUGAUUGGGAAUAGAGUUGUAACCCUGUCGCCGAUACAAGGCUGUGUUUACGUGUAUAACAUCAACACGAGCAAGUUUUGUUAUGAAAUUUCGUAUGGCAAAUUCUCGGCUACUUCAGUAGGGAAGAUUGAAAGCUUUGACAAUAUUGCAGUCGUUGGAUAUGAAAGCGGAGAAAUAUUGUUAUGGGAUCUUGACAAUCCUUCUGUCUACUUUUGUAGUCUCGUCGAUAAUAGCAAUCGUGCUCAUCAAGCACGUGUACGCUGUUUAAAGAGUACUCUCAAUGAAUAUCCGAUCAUUGUUUCUUGUUCAGAUGAUGGUACUAUCAAAGUUUGGAACUUGAGUCGCUUUUCUUGCGAAACCAAUAUGAAGACGUUAAGAUCCACAAUAUUGUUAGAAAAAGUGCUUCAAAUAUACAAGUCAAAGAUGACUUGUUGCAAUAUUUCACCUGAUGGGACUCAGUUUGUGACCGGCAGUACUGACGGCAGUAUUCGUAUUUGGGAGAAUAUGCGAGAAUGUUGUGUUCUUUUGGGCCAUACUGCUCCUAUUACAGUAGUUUCAUUUUAUCUGCAAGGCUUACAUUUCGUUAUCAGUGGAAGCACAGAUGAAACCAUUCGUCUUUGGGACUAUUCUUCUGGUAACUGCGUACUACUCUUGAGUAGUCUGCAAAUUCCCAGAGAUUUCAUAUUUAUUGAAAAGAAUCUUCUACUGACUCUAACUACUUCAUUGGGCGGUUUUCUUUGGAACUUGUUUCAUGGUCAGUGUUUGGCACAAAUAACUUUUCAUGCUCCAAAUUCCUCUUCCAUGAAGAAUUCUACUUUUCAUGAAAAAGACAGAAAUGCGGAAACAAGUUAUAAUGAUACGCAACAAACAUAUUUCCCAAUUUGCGAUACAGUUAGCCUUUACUACAAUCAUGAGAAGCACGAAGUCUACGUACCUAUUCCCGAUGGUUCAGUAAUAGCGUGGAAUUGCUAUUCAUUCUUACAAAAAUGGAAAGGAUUUACUCCGUUGAAAGAGCUUUUAGAAGUAGGAACAGUUUUAGCAAAGCAAGUUCCCCAAAUGACAUAUUCCUCCACAGAGAUAGAAAAUGCAAGUCAACAUUGCGAUGGUUCGCUCCCAUUAGAAACCCUAAAAAGUCAGAAUAGUAACAAGGAACUUGUUCUUCGGUGGCGUGAAGAGCGACUGAAUGCUGAGAAACAAAGUAUAGAACAGCAACGAAAAGAACUCGAACUGUGGGCAAAAAACUUGGAAGAAACAAAGGAAGCUUUGGAGAAUCUAUAUAACCGCAGAGUUGAAAACUUGGAAAGAAGGUCUCAGAUUAUCAAUGAUUUGUACGAGCAAAUUUCCGUUAAGAGUAGCUCGAAUGAUUUGCUUCCUCCACUUCAUACAAUUGCCAAUUACAAAAGCUAAGACAACGAUAACGACAAUUGAAUCGAAAAUUAGUGAUUGUGUGAAAUCUCAGAGAUGCCUGCUUUAUUCUUUUGUGUUUCUAACUUGCAUCCGGGAGCAUCCAGUAGAAAGAAUUUCACAAGUAAACAAAUUGUUAGGGAA